UGAAUCUGCAAAGCGCAGAAGUUGCUCAUCUAAGCGGAAGGAAACACGCAAAAAGAUGUGUUCUGCUAGCAAAGUUGUGGUUGAGAAAUCUACAGUGGAUGAUUUACCACCAGGGUGGAUUAAGGAAACAAAAAUUAGAAAGAAUGCAUUUGGAGUGAGAAGAGAUCCGUAUUACACAGAUCCAGUUAGUGGAUAUGUGUUCCGCUCCAAAAAGGAUGUAUUCCGCUAUCUAGAAACUGGAGAGAUUAGUAGACAUGCAUUUAAACCAUCAAAAAGGGAUGCUCAUGAUCUAGAAGCCUUGCCAUCGCCUGCAGCCAAAAGGCAGAAAUUGGAGCAUCCUGCAACCAGGAGACGGCUUUUUUCAGGUCAGAUGUUGAAUUAUUGCAGUUCUCAAACAAUGAGCAAUUAAUGAUGAGGAAAAUGACAAACCAAAAGAAUUG